AUGUAAAGAAAAUCAUCUUACUUAUAGGCUGUAGUGAAGCAAUUUGCUAAGAAUCCUCCAAACCACCACAAAGAUGCUGCUGCACUUUAGGGUUUAACAUUAGAAACAUCUAAAAUGGCAGAAAUGUCUACUUAACUCUCUACAAGAAAUUCAAGAAGAAGUACUUACGGCGAUUAUCAUAAAAAAUCAGUAUCAAACACUCCUUAAAACAAAGAUCACCACUAGAAUUUAUCACCAUCUCCUUUAAUGUAAUAACAAAUGAGAAAAGAAAAGAAGUUUGAUAUAAACGACUUUAUAGCGUUAGAAGAGAAUUAUGAAGAUUUGUGCAAAUUAACACGAAAAACGUUUUAAAAUUUGAACCAAAUGCUGAGAGGAUUCGGAUCUGACGAAGUAAAGGAAUAUUUAGAUUCAAUAUGGGAUAUAGAUCCUUCUAAAAAAGAACCUAAAGACAUAUUCUAAUUAAUAGAAUUAAUUUUUAAUGUGAUUACAAGAUUUUACAUUGAGCUUGAAGAUUCUUUAUAUGUUGCAAAAAAAGGGCAACAAGAAGUGAAAGAUAAUAAUAGCUAAAAUAGAGAUUAUGUUUUACUUCUUUAAAAAUAAGAAGGUGAAAUAAGAGCUUUAACAAGAGAAAACCAGUAACUAAAGCUAUCAAUCAAUUUGUAUUAAGAAAAGCUAAAAAACAGUGAAAUUCAAUCUGAUUUACUUGCUAAUUAUGCCUAGAAAGAAAUGGAAAACUUAAAGUAGGAUUUUUAAUUUGCAAUUAAUGAUCUUAGAUAAAAAGAGGAAGAUGUUGAAAUAUUAAAAUAAGAACUCAAAAAUAAAAGUAGCUAGUUAGAAUCUAUGGAGGAAAGGUUAGUUUCUGUAUUCAUCCUUGAACACAAGAUAAAAGCCUUGGGAGCAAAAAAUGCCAAGGAUAUAGAAAAAACCAUAUUUGAGUAUAGUGAGAAACUGAGAGAAAUGGAUAAAUCUAGCAGAGAGGCUUUAAGAAAGGAGAGGCAAGAAAAUGAAAGCAAAGUUUUAGAUUUUAGAAAUAAAUUGAAUUUACUGACUAUGGAAAAUAGGAAGCUGUAGUUAGAAAACAAAAGUAGAAUACAGUAAUUGAAUGAUAUAAUCAAAGAAAAAGACGAGUACCUGCAAAAGAAAGUUUGUGAGUUACAGAAUAUAUAAGAAAGGCUUGCUUUGAGGAAUAAAGAGGUCUAUUUGAUUGCUCAGUAAAAAGACAAAUAUGGAAACAUGACAAAUUCUGAAAGUUUUUAUUCAAAAUGA